UAGAGCUUAGGCCAAGCAUUUAAAGGAACAAGAACAUGGGCGCUUUAUCAUUAUCUUCCCCUCUUAUCCUCCGAUGUAUUCUCCGCCGUCAACCACCGUGCAGCACCACCCGUAUUUCCUCCAUCACACCUUCUUUCAUCAAACUCUUGAAACACACCCCUUGUAUAUCCAUCGUAACCCCACCCCACCCCAUCUCUCGCACUACACUCUCCUCACUAAGAUCUCUCUCCACCACCACCACCACCACCGCAGCGGAGGCUGUCAUCUCUACCGAAACUGACGCUCUUUCAGAACCCAAAAUCGAUGACAAGCCUCCCAUUGAAAGUGAAAGUGAAAGUAGAAUUUCGAAUACGCACAAGGAGUUAUUGUCGAAAUUGAAAUCCAUGAGUAUUAAAGAGAAGAAAGAGUUGGGCUCUUAUGCCAAUAGUUUGGGGAAAAAGCUUAAAUCUCAACAGGUGGGCAAGUCCGGCGUUACCGAUUCCGUGGCCACCGCGUUGGUUGAAACCCUAGAAGCCAACGAGCUUCUCAAGCUUAAAAUUCAUAACAACUGCCCGGGAGAGCUAGACGAUGUAGUGAGUCGAUUAGAGGAAGCCACUGGUUCGGUUGUGGUUGGUCGAAUCGGUCGAACUAUAAUCAUCUACAGGCCCAGCCUAACAAAACUGAAAGCAGAAGAGAAAAAGAAACAGGCUAUGAAGGUUUUCCUCAAAAGAAGAGCAGCGUUUAAAUCAUCUUAUCAGGGGAGAACACAGAGUAGAGGACAGUCUGCGUCACCAUCUAACCGGAGUCGAGCUUAUAGAAGGUCUUGAGCUUGUUUUGUCUUUGUUCAUGCACAAUGUAUAACUAGAGCUUGUUAUGUCUAUAAGACUGUCCGGGUCGGGUCGACACCUCUAACCAGAAGGCGAUCACAAUGAUUUAUUUCCGAGGAUACAUCCUUUAGAAAUGGGAAAGAACGUUAAGCUAGCGACACUUGAAGUACGAUGUUGUAAACAUUUAGACAGACAUACUUCCUUCAACUCAUCUGAUGUUUCCUGCAAUUGGUUAAGUUGUUGAACAUGCAAUACAAAUAAGACUGAGUUAACUCUUUAAGGCCCUUGAAACAUCCCAGAUUUAGAAUACAUCAGUUACAACAGAA